AUGCCGAGGGUCCCCGCAGUGCCCGCUCCGGCUCGGGUUGUUCGAAGGUCGGCGGCUGGCGGCCAGACCUCCACGCGAGCACUUCGAACUUUGCGCACCGGUGUCGACCAAGCGCCCCAUUAUGUGUCUAAGGGUGCUCAGAUACGAUCGACGGGUCCAGCCACGCCGCCUCCGAAAAUGACAUUAAGGAAGGAGAUGCCCACAGACUUUGAGAUCGUCCAUGAGAACUGCACCAAGAUGAUCAAGUCGGCCGAAGAACGGCAUCAUCGGCUGAUGGCUCGCCUCACUGAGCAGCAGCAGGAAGCUUCCGAAGCCGAGCAGCGGUUUCGCGCCGAACGGGCGCAGCUGAACGCAAGGGUCCGCCAAACCACCUUGGAAAAACAAAAGGCUGUUGAGGAAGUGCGAAAACUACGAGAGCAAAACUCGGCCUUGCAACAACGCUUGGAUACCGUUAGUUCGGAUUGCCAGAAUCACAUCACGCGGGACGAAUUCCAUAUGACGUUGAAGGAACUGCAUAGCGUCUCAUCAUCGGUCACAGACAAGAUUACUUCGAAGAUGAACGAGUCCCAAGAGUCUCAGUACGUGUACUUCGGUACGUGCUUGCCCGGGCCGGACGUGGCUCAGGACUCGUGGACCGCGCAGACUGGCCAAUUUACCAUGGCGGAGAAUCCGCUUCUACCGGAGAGUACGGGGCCACUGUUUGAUGCAUCGAACCCUCAAAACCUCUCUGAAUUUGACACAUACGGAACGAUGCCUGACGGUAUGAGUUGA